AUGCAGACCCGCAACAUCCUCCUCGCCGCAUCCCAAAUGGCCCUCGGCCUGGCCGCUCCGGCUCCGGUCUCCGCCUCCCCUUUCCCGGCGCACCGUCUCUCCACACGGGAGACGCACUUCAACGCCAGCCUGCCCAACGUCACAAUCUUCGCCACGGGCGGCACCAUCGCCGGCUCCGCCUCCUCAAAUGCCCAGACCACAGGCUACCAAGCCGGUGCCCUCGGCGUCGACAUCCUCAUCGACGCCGUCCCGGAGCUGUGGAACGUCUCCAACGUCAAGGGUGUCCAGGUUGCCAACGUCGACUCCGGCAGCAUCACCCCCGAGAUCCUGCUCAACCUCACCCGUCUCGUGCAAGAGGCCCUCGACGACCCGUACUGCCAAGGUGCCGUCGUCACCCACGGCACCGACACCACGGAGGAGUCUGCCUUCUUCCUUGAUCUGACCGUCAAGUCCGAGAAGCCGGUCGUCGUCGUCGGUGCCAUGCGCCCCGCCACCGCCAUCAGCGCCGACGGCCCCAUCAACCUGCUCGAGGCCGUGACUCUCGCCGGUAGCGACAAGGCCAAGGGCCGCGGAACCAUGAUCGUGCUCAACGACCGCAUCGGCAGCGCCUUCUACACCACCAAAACCCACUCCAACUCCCUCGACACCUUCAAGGCCGUCGAGCAGGGAUACCUCGGCUUCUUCCUCGACAUCAAGCCCGUCUUCUACUACCCUCCCGCGCUGCCUUACGGCCGUGCCUACUUCAACGUCACCGAGGCCACGGAGCUGCCCGAGGUUGACAUCCUCUUCGGACACCAGGCCCUCCAGCCCGCUCUGGCCACCGCCGCCGUCGCGGCCGGCGCCAAGGGUCUUGUCCUGGCCGGUAUGGGUGCUGGCGGUUGGACCACCCCCGGCCGUGACACGCUCAAGAAGCUUGCGGAGGAGAACAACACUCAGAUUGUCGUUUCCAGCAGGACCAUGGGAGGUUUCGUCGAGGACUCCGAUGCUCUGAACACCUACGGCGGAUGGAACCUGAACCCGGAGAAGGCUCGCAUCAUGCUGCAGCUCGCGCUGAACGCUGGUUACAGCUCCGAGCAGCUCGCGACCCUCUUCACGUACGCGCCUUAA